AUGGCGCUGCUCCCGCGAGACGAGGGGCUGGAGUGGUGGAGGCGGCUGCUGCCUGGCCAGCGGCUCGUCGCAAGAUAUAGUGACGACCAGGUGGAUCACGAACGCGUGCUCCUCUACCCGAGCUUGCCGCCGGGCACCUGGGCCGCGUUGGCGCCUGACGGCGACGAGUACGAGGAGGACUACACGGGCGCGAGCCCGCAGACUGGGCCCGAGGGCGCGGCCCUGAUGCCAGCAGGCGGAGACGCGCCCGAAGGCUGGCCGCGGCCGAUCUACCGCUUUCGGACGGCCCUCUCGGUGGAGGAGCUCAAGGCGGCGAUCGUGCGUGGCCGCGCGCUGGUGGAGGAGCGUCUGCCAGGGAUCGCGCCCAGGCCGCCUGCGGAGGUAGCGUGCCCGGACGACAGGCUGGUGGAGUGGGCGGACUUCUUCGGCGAGGCGAGGCGGCCAGCGGUGCUGCGGCUGCGAGGGAAGCAGCCCCUUGCCCCGCUGGAGGGCGACCGCGUCCGGGUGGUGGCCGAGCCCACGGCGAGCGCGGCGGUGGGCACCACCGUGGAUAGCUCCGACGACCGCUUCGUGCCGGCGACCGCGCUGGUGGGCCUCUUCAUGUUCCCUGAGGGCCCGCGCCGCGUGGAGGCCCUGCUGGCGGGAGACCUCCCUGGCAAUGCGGCGAGGCGGCGGCGCGAUAUGGGCCUCAGCGACUUCCCCGCCGCCGAGUCCGACCGCGAGGGAGUCGCCCCCGCUGGGAUGGCGGACCUCCGCGAGCGCCUGGGCCGCUCUGUGGGCGCUGGAGGCGCUGCCAGGCCAAACAAGGUCGGCGGCACAGCGACCCCUCCGCAUGGGGCCGGGGGCGGCGACGGCGGCGAUCUUCGCAUCUUGGAGGUGGACUACGACGCGCAGGGAGAGAGGUACAAGCCCUUCAGGACCGCCUGCCGAGAGAGUUCGCAAGAGACCUUCCCCGACCAGCCCAUCGAGGGGCCAGCUUCGGCCUUGACGGUAUGCAAGAACAUGGAGCGUACGAGCGGCGACCCCAGAUCCUGGCUGAGGGACUUCCUGAGGUCCAAGGGCAUCGGCGACAAUGACAGAGAGGCGCAUGAGAUGCGCGUUCUCUGCGACCUCCUCUUCUGGGCCGCGGUCUACGACCAAGUGAAUCUAGGCGGCCUGAUGUGCCUGGAGACGGCGGCGAGGAGGAUCGCGGGGCUGGUGGCGGUGUACUCCGACCCGGCCAAGCCUGUGUGGGGCCGCGCCCGCCUGUGCACUGGCGCCGCGUCUUCGGACGACAUCGCGGGUCAGGCCCUGCUGCAGUUCGCCACCAGGAAGAUCAAGGAGCAACAGGGGGCCCACGCGGUGCUCUCGCAUGGCAAGGGCCCGCAGCGCACCGAGGGCGACGGCACCACCGACGACGGCGGCAAGGGUCGGGAGCUGCUCCCGCUGCCGCGCUGGCGCCUGCCUGAGCUGCCCGUGGCCGACUCCGUUCGGAGCAUGGCCCUGCGGCGGCGCGAGAGGCUGGUGUUCAAGAUGGGUAACGAGGCGGUGGAUGCUCUGAACUGGCUUGCUGGUUUUCGGGACGGACUGGCCUACUUCGACCCCGACCCGAUGCAGCUUGAAGUUUUGGAGCGGAUAUGCGAGUUAGCCUCGCGGCGGUACCCCGGUCCUGGCGCUCUCAGUGAAAGCGCGCGAUUCCUGAAGGGGCAUCCCGAGCGCAUGCUGCGCGCUGACAGUCCCUUUUCUACCGUGACACCUUACUUCGACCCCGCGCUGAAGCGCAGCGCGAAGACCUACAGACAGUUCAUCAGCGACCUGCGCCGACGCGGCUCGGUCGGCAGCGAGGAGGCGGAGCGGCUCCUCGGCAGCUACUCUUUGCACGUGGGCCUGGCCGACGUGAAGGACUGCUUCCACUGGUUGCGACUUCCUGGAUGGCUCUCCGAGUACUUCUGCCUCCCCGUCGUGCCAGCGCACUUGCUUGGCGCGGAGGGCCAGAUCUGGGAAGGCAGGACACUGGAGAGGCACGAUCAGGUGAGUCCGUGCUGGGCCGUCUUCCCGAUGGGCUUCACGCGGAGCUUGUGGGCUGCCCAGCGGAUCAACGAGUACCAGGCGAGCUCCAUCUGCCCGCAGCUGCGCGAGAGCCCCUUGACUGACCUUGGCAGGCCCCCCUUCUUCGGCCCCGGCGCCCCCAAGGGCCGCGUCUCGCACUGCGCGUGCGUCGACAACCCGGGCGCGGCCUCCACCGACGAGCCCAUUGUCACCGAUGCGAUCGCGCAGCUGGUUGAGGGCUUCGACCAGCGCGGCCUCCUCCUCCGCGGCAGCUCCGUGGGCACCGAGGUCGAGGCGCUGGGCGCCGAGGUUUCGGGGGCCCUCUGGAAGACGAGAGUGGCGCAGAAGCGGUUCUGGCUCAUUCGACAGGCCCUGAACGGCCUCCCGCGACGCCGCCGCUUCACGGGCUGGACGGUUGAGGCCCUGGUGGGCCACUGCGCGUAUGCGGGAUUGCUGAGCGGCACGUUGAGCGCAUUCCACACAGUCUAUUCUUUCAUGCGGAAGUCUUAUGCCGAACCUAGGAUGCUGCGGCUCGGAGCCCGCCAGGAGUUCGAGGCGUUCCGAGGCCUCCUCAUCUUCUUAGAGAGUGACUGGACGCUGCAGUGGAACGAUCUGGUGGUAGCGACCGACAGCAGCCUGGAGGCAGGAGCUGUCUCGACCACCCGUUGGCCCCGAUCGCUGGUGGCCGAGGUGGGUCGCGCGCAGGAGCGCGCCCGCUUUCGGGGGCCCGCGGCGGUCGAGACCGACGGCGCUGCUGGGGGCGCCCCUGCCGCCCGCCGCGUUGCGCGAGAGGCGGCGCUGGAGGCGGCCGGCUUCUGGCGCGACGCCGAUGGCGAGCGGCGGCUGGCCGAGGGCGCGAUCGACGACGACGAGCAGGCCGCUGCGUGGGAGGCAGGCCCGCCCUUCCCCGAGGUGCCCGCCGCGGGCUUGGCGAGUAGCCGCUGGCGCGCCAAGCAGGUGCAGCGCUGGCGAUUCGAGGAGGGCAUCCUUAUUAAGGUCCGCAGGUUUCAGGCCUACUGUCUCGCACGGAAUCUGAAGGUGUCUGUGAGGCCCACCGCGGCCCAGAGAGCGCAGGACUGGCAGGCCAGGUUGAGCUUGGCCGAGCUGCCGCCAGCGCCCAAACUGCCCGAGCACGAGCGCGACCUCCAAGCCCUCCCCCAGGACUGGUCACGCCCGAUCGUGGCCGGCAGCGACGACGGCAGCAUCACCUCCGACGAUCAGCAGGUCGUGCCAGCCGGCGAGAGGCGCGAGAGGGAGCUGCUGAGAAAGGCAGCUCGGAGGCGACGCGCGUACGGCGCGGAGGCGUCACAGGACAGCACGGCGGCGGAGGGCCAGACGUUCCUGGGGAGGCGGUCGGUGUUCGGACCUGCGAGGAACCGCUACGCUCAGGAGCUGGAGGCCUUUCUGGUUUAUUGCGAUCAGGGCCCGCCGCGGGCCUGGACCACGGCCUCGGAAGUGGACGAGGCGAUGGUCGACUACAUGCACCACCUGUUCUUCGAAGGCCACGAGAGCGCCAAGGGCGAUCAGGUGAUGGCAGGCCCCAUGCACAGGUUCCCGGAGUUCUCGAGGCAGGGCGCGGCCAAGACACCUCGGGCCUGGAGGUGCCUCCGAGGAUGGCGCAAGCUGGCGCCCGGGCGGAGCCGCCGCGCAUGGCCUUUGGCCCUCUGGCGCGGGCUCGCCUGGCGCAUGGUGGUGCGAGGCGCGCUGCAGAUGGCGGUGUUCCUGCUCGCGAUGGUCUCCGGCUACUUCAGGCCCAGUCAUCUGCUGACGCUGACGACAGGCAACAUCAUCGCGCCUGCGAUGGGGGCGUGCGGUUGGCGGUCGCUGCUGCUGUUUCCAGACGACAAGCCCCAGAGAGGCAAGACAGGACUGUCGGACGUCGGGGUGAUGUUGGACAGCGGGCGGUUUCAGUGUGCCAUGCCCAUCUUCCGAGAGCUCGCCCGAGGGGAUCCCGAAGAAAAGGUGUGGGCGUUCAGUUACCCUGAGUUUCUGGCAGCGUUCAAGAAAGCGUUGAGCGACUUACAGAUUCGAGAGCACAUUGUCCCGUAUCAAGCCAG